AAUUUUGUGAGCGCUUGAAAAGCCUUGAAUCUGCUAUAAGUACGCUGCUUCGACGUUGUUUUCAAGCAGUAUUAAAUUUUACUUUGUAAAUUCCCUCAGUUAGUUUUCUGUUGGAACGUAUAGUCAGGAUUGCAGUCAUAUUUUGAAUUUUUGAUCCACACGGAUUCCACAAAUGGCUAUGCAAGGCACUCUACUAGAAUUUAUCCUGGGAUGGCUGAUGAUCCCAUGGCGAAUUUUUGUGGAAAUCUACAGGCAUGCUUUUCCUCCCGCUAACGAAGCUGGAGAGCAUGAGCACGAAGGAAUGCUGGAUGCGUCAAGCGGGGACAUCACCAUUGACAAGCGCGAAUUGUCGCACUGGACGAAAUUAUCCCAGCAGUGGUGGGACCCGGAAGGCGACUUUGCUUUGCUGCAUGGAUUUAACCAUUGCCGGAUCCCGAUGAUUCUGGAUGCCUACAGCAAGUAUAUUGCCCAGAAGCCGUUGCCGGAUACCAAUCCCCUGCGUGGCGCGAAGAUCAUCGAUGUGGGAUGCGGCGCUGGAUUCGUUUCCGAGCCGCUGCGGGAGUACGGCGCGGAUAUUACCGGAGUCGAUAUGGUUCCGGCCGUCAUUGAGUUAGCCAAAGCGCAUUGGAACGAAAGGCAUCCGACGGAAAUCGGUCCAGACUACCUCUGCACGUCGGUGGAGGAAAUUUCAUCGCAGCGCCCGGAGGAAUUCGACAUGGUGUUGUGCUUAGAAGUACUCGAUCAUGUGGCCAACUGGAAAGAAUUUGCGGCGCAGUCCUGCCGACUACUGCGGCCUGGAGGCUGUGCUAUCUUCUCCACGAUCAACCGGACUUUGGCGGCACUGAUCAUCGCGAUUAUUGGCGGCGAACACCUGUUGCGCAUCGUGCCGAUGGAUACGCAUCAUCUGCGCAAAUUCAUUAAGCCCAGUGAGGUUGAGUAUGAACUGAACAAACACGGUUUGGUGCAGGUUAACCUCACCGGAUGUACGCCGGUGGAUCCGUGGGCCCGCCGACCUCGCUGGUCAGACGUUUCUUACUGUGGUGUGACGUAUGCUAUCACUGCUGUUAAACGCGCUUGACUUUGCUAUAUGAAUUUUGUUCAUUUCCGGAACUCGUUUGCUCUUACAGUAUGUGGGAUAGGCAUUUGCAACAAGAAAUAAACAAAACAGGAAGAUGCUAAUUAUGCUAUGUAUUCGCAUUCUGCAUUUACUUUUCGUUCUGUCGUCCUGUAUCCAGUAAAUUUUUGCUGAUGACGAAUAUAUAUGCAGGUACG